AUGCCAGUUUCCAUUCAACCGGCAUGCUUUCCUCAGGAUUUCGAGAUAAUUCAAACUUUAUUUUCUGGGUACGCAGCCUCCUUGGGAAUUGACCUCACAUUUCAAUCAUUUCAAGCCGAGCUUGAUGACCUGCCUGGGAAAUACGAAGAAUCACAUGGCGGUGCAAUUUUACUAGCUCGAACACAUUCAGAUGACCUAGAACUUCCGAACAUGCAGCCUCUUUCUUCAUCAACAAAUACUGUCGCUGAAUCAGCAACCCCGCAACCUGUCUCUGUCCUGGGCUGUGUAGCGCUCCGACAGAGCUCAGACAACUGGUGUGAGAUGAAGCGCUUAUUUGUUCUCCCAGAAGCACGAGGUCUUCAUCUGGGAGAUCAACUGGUGAUCACUAUUUUAGAGAGAGCAAGGGCUCUGGGUUAUCGUGGUAUUCGUCUCGAUACGCUUCCAAAUAUGACCGCAGCACUGCGACUUUAUCGCCGGCAUGGAUUUAUCGAAAUUGAAGCAUAUUAUGAGACACCUAUCGACAACACAAUCUUCAUGGGUUGCGAGUUCUCGCAACUUUGA